UUACCUAAGAUGAUACUGGAAGAUGACUAUCGCUGUUUGGUAGAUGGAAUUCAUACUUUACCCUUUUGUGGUGAGCCAGUUCCUUGUGAACUGCUGCUUACAGGUGAUACUUCAUUUCCUGUGACAUUGAGCUCUACAGGCCAAGUUCUAAUAGCUGCCGCUAAAUAUGGGAGCGGUAAGAUGGUGGUGCUUUCUCACGAAGCUUAUAUCAGCACACCAGAGUUUGCCAGGUUCAUUCAGAAUGCCAUCAAUUGGCUCAAGCCGUCUCAAAGUUCGCAUAAGUACUUUGAAAAUACAUUAAAAGAUCUGACCAAAGCAGGUGUUGGGAGUAUGCUGAAAGUCAGGAAUUUGAAUAACACCUUUGGUGUGCUCUGCAUGGAUGCAUAUGAUGACAGCAAUGCUGAUAAGCUUAUCAAGUUUGUGAAAGGAGGUGGAGGACUGCUUAUUGGUGGUCAAGCUUGGUGGUGGUCCUAUGCACAUGGAGUUGAAAAUGUUAUACUUUCAUUUCCUGGCAACAAAGUGACAAGUGUAGCAGGCAUUUAUUUUACAUCAAAUUAUGGAGAGAAAGGAAUUGUUUCACUCCCAAGACACAUGCCUGCAACUCCACUGCUUGUUUCGCAUGGAUUAAACAUAUCAGAGCACUUGAAGUCUCUGCUGAGUGGCAUCACUGAACUAAACUUGAAAACUGGAGGUAUUCCAGCACCUGCUCUAGUGCAUGGUUCACUGGCCUUUUCAGUUGGACUGGACGAUUCCCUUCAGACAUACUGUGCAGCAGCAUUAUAUGGGAAGGGACGUGUUGUUGUGGUAACACAUGAAAGCCACCAGUUUGAGCCUCAGCUGAAGAAAUUUAUACUGAAUGUGGUUCAUUGGUUAGGUGAUGGAAAGAAGCAACUGAAUGUUGGUGUUGCAACUGAUGCAGCACAAGUCCACAGGCUUCUUACAGCAGAAGGCAUUAGAUGCACACUGUCAGACCUUAGACCUGACAUGAAUAUAUACUGUUGUAAAUCUUACAGUGACAGACAGGCUGAUAAAAUCCAUGAGUUUGUAGCAGAGGGAGGAGGCUUAUUCAUUGGUGGCCAGGCUUGGUGGUGGGCUUCCCAAAAUCCAGGAUGUGAAGCAGCUGCUGAAUAUCCAGGGAAUAAAAUAAUUAACAGAUUUGGAAUGACUAUCCUUGGAUGUACAAUGAAGGAUACUACAUAUAAACCUUUACGUGCUGAAGAUGCCUGUCAUCACUACCACUUCAGAAAGGCUUUGUUUCAGUUUCAGCAGCACCUCCUCUCAAAAGGAGGAGCACCAUCAGAAGCCUGGCUUAAGCAACUUAGGAGAGACUGUAAGGAAUUAUUGAACAUUCCAGCUGAUGGAGUUGCUUCAGUGUUAUUCAUCAGGAAGAUUUUAGCAGAACUAGUGAGCAGAUGUGAAAAUAUUACUAAAAUCUACCAAACUAAAGGGAAUGUAAAAGAUGAAAUUCUGCUGUGUAUAGCUGCAAAUCUGUACAGUACAGGAUGUGGCUAUGAACUAUCAAUGUUUGGGAGUAAAGAAAUACAUCCAGCAACCUUUCCUGUGACCAUUAACGUCAAUGGCACAAAUAAAGUUUGCCCUGCAUGGAGAAGCACAGGCCUAUACCUUUUUGAGAGAGAAACUGCAAUUAUCAGAUUUCCUGAAUGUGCAGUUACAGCUGAUCUACAGGUGCAGAUUGGGUGCCAUUCUGAUGAUCUCACUGGUUGUGAAGAGUGGAAACGCCCACCUGUCGUGAUACAGAAAUUCAAGGUGGAUAGAGAGAGGAUGUCAGUCUGCAGCUUUUGGGGUGGUUUAAUUUACAUCAUAAUACCAAAAGAGUGUCACCUAGGCAAUAUAUCUGUAACCGUAGAAGGAGCAUGGCAGGCACCAUUCUUCAGGCAUGGGCAAACCAGUAAAUCUGAGUGGCUGAACACUAUUCGUCAUUACCCUGGAAGAUGGGCAGAACUUGCUACUGAAAAUCUUAUCCUGACAGUACCUUCUGACCAGAUUCGUUCACUUGACAAUCCUGAUUCUGUUCUGUUGAUGUGGGAUAAGAUCAUGAAAGGUAUCACUGAGCUAGCUGCCACACCUGAGACAUUUGAAAGACCAGAAAGGAUUGUAGCUGACAUCCAGAUAUCUUGUGGUUGGAUGCAUGCUGGCUAUCCAAUUAUGAUUCACUUGGAUUCAGUGAAAGAAAUAACUGAUGUGGCACAUAUGAAAGCUCAUGGACUGUGGGGCCCCAUACAUGAGUUAGGUCAUAACCAGCAGAGGUUUGGAUGGGAAAUACCUCCUCACACCACUGAAGCCACCUGCAAUCUUUGGUCAGUAUAUAUACAUGAAAAGGUACUUGGGAUCCCUCGACACAAUGCACAUGGAGCGCUGCAACCAAAGAAAAGGAAGGCCAGGAUUACAGAAUACAAGAAGAAUGGUGCAGCUUUAGAAAAAUGGCAUGUCUGGACCUGUUUGGAAACCUACCUACAGCUGCAAGAAGGCUUUGGCUGGGAUCCCUUUAUCCAUUUGUUCUCGGAAUACCAGAACCUAUCAAAUAUACCAAAAGAUAAUAUAUACAAGAUGAAUCUGUGGGCAGAAAAGUUUUCUCAGUGUGUGAAGAAAAAUCUGGCUCCUUUCUUUAAGGCAUGGGGUUGGCCUAUUACAGAGGAUGUCUCUAGGAAACUGAGUUCUCUGCCUGAAUGGAAAGAUAAUCCUAUGAUGUAAUGAAACAACUGCCAAGAUGAAAAGUGGUAUCCAACAGAAAUUAUAUUCUUUUAGUAGACUUUUACAUUAUUUUUGAAGUCUCAGUAAUGCUUUUAUUUACUCUGCAACAUGUAUUUUAAAGUGUAUAAUGGCUAGUUAAAACUUAAAUAAUUGCUAAUGUUAACUGCAGUCUGAAAACAUUGUUAUCGCUUUUGAACUGCACUUCUUUAGAAAUGUUCCUCGUCUAGCAAAAGGAGGUUACAUAAGCAUCUCUUUGAGGGAAAGAUAAACAUGGAAGCAUGCAUUAAGCUAAAUGCUAAUGGAUCCCUAGUAUCACAAGGAACCUAAUGGAUAAGUAAAUUCUUGCUGUCUAGUUCGUGAGGAAAACAUCGUAUGUUCAAACCUAGCAGUACUACAAAAACAGCAUGAGCAAAGAAAAUAAGUGUUUACUGUGAUAUUAAAGAAUACAGAAAUCUAUAAGCAUGAAAAAGUAAAAACAGAAAAAAAAAAUUGUUUUCUUUCAGACUGAUAAAGUCAAAAGUAUAGAGAGAGACUAUGAUGAGAUUUAUAGACAAGUGCAGGGCAGAUGCUAUUAUUUAUUUAUUGGCAUUUACUGGUAAAGUCCACUGGGCCAAGCAGAUCCCAUUUUCAGUGGAGGCCUGGGGAGAAAAGCUCCACAAGAAACACAAAUAGAAUUUAUAAUACAUCACAAGACACACAUUUUGAGUAUAUACAGCACAGAGGGAAGAAACAACUCUUAAAACAGUAGUACAUUUAGAAUAUACACACACACUUGUUACUUGCUUAAUAAACUAAUUACAAUAUAAUACAACUAUAGUUGACAUAGUAGUACGGGUGAAUAUAAAAUGCUUAUAUACACACAUGAUACACACAUAAUAACCUAAUUACAAGAUAGUACAACUAUAGACAUAGUAGUACAGGUGAAUAUAAAAUGCUUAGCACUCAAAUAAUGAUUGAGAUUUAGAACUAGGAAAGACAUUAAGAGGCUAAUAUUUGAGGAGGUCACUGUAUGAUGCCCUGGAGUGCUACUUAGAGGUGUAGCAGGCAGGAAUAAUGCCUGCAUGCUGAUCAAAGGACUACAUCAGGGAACAGUCAUGUAGCAGAAACAGGAUGAGCAGUGCUGCUAUCCUAUGGUAGAAAUACCAGCACUAUAGCAGGCCGCAUGGCCAACAUGAAGGACAUCAGAACUAAUGCAGGCUAAGGCCUGCACAGAAUUCUGUGACUUAAAGCUGCAGAUAGCAACUGGCUGCCACAUAAAUGGUAGCAUGACUGAGCACAGUAGAUAAAAAAAGAACUAUGUGGGUGUGCACAACAAAUUGGCAAUACUACUCAUCAUAUAAAUCGGGAAGAAAUGGGGGGAUAGGAAUACAGUAAAGGAGAGAAGAGCAAGCAGGUGUAAACAUAGAAGGGCUGAAGAAUGCAAAUUACCAACUUAUAGCCUGCUAUAGGACAACUUUGUGUCACCAGAUGACCAUGAUGGGGUCCUAAAAGUACAAAAGAAGCUGCCUUUUAGUAAAAAGUUCCUUAUAAUAGGUUAUUUUAUUUACCAUUCAAUCAAGUGGAGCACAUAUACCUCAAAGUUGGGUAUAGUCAGGAGAUUUGUAGACCUAUUGAACAAACCCUCCCUGCAACAGUUAGUCAGUGUGCCAACCAGAAGUCAAAAUAUUCUAGGCCUUGUUCUAACUAACAUAAUCUCUACAUGUACCACAUAUAGAUAUAUCUACAUAUAUAUAUAUAUAUAUAUAUAUAUAUAUAUAUAUAUAUAUAUUUAUAUACAGAUAUUUAAAUAUGGGUCAACCUGUUAUUAUCGAAAACCCAUUUCACCAAACUGCAAAAAGGUGAGACAACUUUGCCAAAAACUGAUUUUUUCAAAUGUUCACAUCACAGGAGUUUUACUCCAGGAAAGGAGACACCCUCACCCUAGAUCCAAAAGCAUCCCAAGCCCUUAUCCAGAUAACUAGACUCGCUGUCUCCUGUUACCCUUCCUGUUGUGUGGAGCUCCAGUCCUCACUAAUAUGCAAACCUCACUAAAAACAAAACUCAAAAUGUGUUACAUAAAAUUACAACUAAUGCAGCAUAUUAUACUCAUAACUGUUUAGCUAUGCAGUGGCUUAAAUUCCCACACCACCUCACCUACCUUCAGCUGAUAACUGUCCACAAAAUGAUCCACAAACCUGCAGCCUGCCCUGCUUUUAAUUCUAUCUUUCAUAACUACCCAAAAGAUCCCUUUGAUAUGAGAAUAAACUUCUCUCCUUGCAUAACUCACAUGAUGGCUGGACAAAGCCUAUACUCUUACACUGUAGCUAGACCAGAACUCUCUACCUUUAACAAUCAGAGCAAUCCCAAACCUCCCAACCUUUAAACUCAACAUAAAAUGAUUUUUUAUCCAAAUCAUGGAUCUGCUGCUGCUCAAAUCCUGAUUGACGCCGUUACCUCUUCCUUACAUGUCUCUACCUUCGCUUCGACACCAAACAUAACCUGCAUCCAUCUGUCCACCAACUCUUACUCCCUGCUAUUUAUUUCACUGUUUUCUUCCCUUAUUGUUCUUCUAUACCUCUCUCCCUUUUACCUGCAUUUUUUCAGUCUUCAUCUACUCUUCUUAUAACAUUAAUUCAGUUUUCCUUAUUCUUUUCCUUUUUAGCAUGUUGCUAAAUGUUAUGAAAUAUGACUCAUAAAGGUUUGUAUUCUAUCAUUUUAAUGCAAAGGCUUAAACCUGUAUUGUACAUUUUGUUUAUAAUAUAAUUUUUGUAAUUACUGAAUCUUUUCUCCCAGGCCUCUCCUGAAAAUGGAUACAUUAAGGUCCAGCUGGACUUUCACAGUAAACAAAUGUCAAUAAAUAAAUACAGAGACAGCAUUACUAAUCUUUUCUUAUUCUUUUAACUUACUUAAUUUGCUUAACUGGGUAUCUCUGUACUCUUUCUAAUCUUUUAAGUUGAUCCAGUUAUAAUUGCAACCAGCUGUACAAUAGUUAGUAGGUGGCCUAACCAGUGUUUUAUAACAUGGCAGUAACACCUGUUUGUCUUUACUGGUUAUAGUCUGUAAUAAGUCUUUGAUUGCCUUUCAAUGUUUCCUUACAACAACCCUUAUGUUGGUUUCAUAUGAAAAAUCGCCAUCAAUUACCAGCCCAAGAUCCCUGAUGCUUGGCACAUCUUCCAAAAUCACUAUUCAUUGCAUGUGGAUAGUGUUUGUUCUUAUCUCUAAAACAUACUUUUUGAUUUUUUUUUUCAUUAAACUUCAUAGCUAUACUUUUUGCAAUUUCUUAAAGAAGCUAAAAAACAUUAUAAUGUAAAGUGGUCAUCCAGAUUAGACACUAUGGAACCCACAUUUGUAUUAUCUACAAAUUUACUACACCACAUUUUAUCUUUCAUCUGGAAAUCUGGCAUAAAGCUGCACAGGUUAAAACAGCACAGUCCAAUGCCAAGAAUACAGUUUCUAUGGGACGUAACAAUAUCGCUGGCUGUGU